GAUCAAAAGAAGAACUGCGUCGCCGGCAAAAGGAGGCUGGAGAGAAAAACUGACACGUGGAUUACUCCUCCUAGGGUAUCAGACUCCCUCCUCCAGCUUCAGCUCCACGAACAUCGCCUUACGUCCCUGUUCAAUCCAGUUUCAGUUGUCAGGAUUAUUUCUUUUACACGUUUACUUUUCUGACUACACACCUAUCGACCGGAAGACAUUGAAAGUAAACAGCCGAAGCGGUUGAACGGAGGCUGCUGUUAACUCGCGUUGAAUGGCAGUUAUUCAAAAACAUGGCAAGAGCUGUAGUCCAGAUUUGGUCUGUCACAGGGAAAACCAUCCGUCCGACAAGCUCGGAGCUCCUGAAUGUCACAAGAAGUGGCCUGAACACAACACAUACUGGACAAGGCCAGUGGCGAGGGUAUGGACGGUGGUGUUGCUGCUCGGGACAUGCCUCCUGUACUGUGCCCGUGUGGCGAUGCCCAUCUGUGCUGUCAACAUGGCAGAGCAGUUCCACUGGAGCAAGAGCGAGUCAGGCAUGGUGCUGGGCAGCUUCUUCUGGGGUUACUGCUUCACCCAAGUGUUCGGAGGCUACGUCAGCGACCGGGUUGGAGGUGAGAAGGUCCUCCUGCUGUCCGCGGCAGCCUGGGGGUCGAUGACGGCCUUCACCCCCAUCCUGGCCCACUUCUGCUCCCAGCCAAUAUUCUCCAUGACACUGGCCCGCUUCCUAAUGGGCUUGUUGCAAGGAGUUCAUUACCCUUCUCUGGCGAGUCUGUGCUCUCAGAAGGUGGUGGAAAGUGAAAGGGGCUUCCUCAUGAGCACCGUGGGUAGUGGCUCUUACCUGGGCACUCUGGUGAUAGGAGGGGCUGGCUCCCUCAUGUUGGACCUGUAUGGCUGGCAGAGUGUUUUUUAUGUGUCUGGUCUCCUCUCAUUGCUGUGGGCCUACUGCAUGUGGAAAUAUCUGCUCAAGGGAGAAGGGCCUAUCAUCACCCUGGAGUCCCUGGGAAGUGGUGGGCCCCAGUCCAAACUGUCUAAAAGACAUUGGUUACGGCUCCUAAAACAACCAGCAGUCUGUGCUGUGAUCGUUACGCACCUUUGCACAGCGAGCACCUUCUUCACUCUUUUGUCAUGGCUGCCAACAUACUUUAAAGACACGUUCCCUGAUGCCAAGGGUUGGGUGUUCAAUGUCGUUCCCUGGUUGGUGGCCAUACCCUCAUCCCUCUUCAGUGGCUGCUUGUCUGACCACCUCAUCAGGCAAGGCUUUGACACAGCCUCAGUGAGGAAGUUGAUGCAGUUCUUCUCUAUGGGUGUGUCGAGUGUGUUUACUCUUCUUCUGUGUCGAAAAACAACCUUCCCCUGGGCUGUAACAUUUGUGUCGGCCACCAUGGGCCUCACCACCUUCAGUCACAGCGGUGUAUCUGUAAAUGUUCAAGAUCUUGCUCCUUCCUGUGCUGGUGCUUUAUUUGGUGUCAUGAAUACAUGUGGUGCUUUCUUAGGCGUCCUACUGGUGUAUUUCUCCGGGUAUCUCAUCGAGUCCACAGGCUCUUGGACAUCAGUGUUCGCCCUUAUCACCACCGUCAACCUGCUGGGCCUCUGCACCUUUCUGGCCUUCGCUGAUGCCCGACGGGUCGACAUUGACUACAGUAAGGUCCGCCACCACAACAUCCACAUCUAAAUCCUCAGCCAUCAAGCAUGCUAUCCCCCAAUGGAGACACGACCUUGGGCAACCAGCAGCUAAGACAUUAUCCACAUUGGAGAUCUAGCCGAUGGAUAGCAUGUGGCAAGCCUGCAUACAACAUCUGGAAAACGUUGAUAGGCUCUGGUUCUGGUCGAGGAAGUAUUGCAACAGUUACUGAAAAGCACAAAGCAGAGCCAGCACACUGUUACUGAACAAUCUUGUAUCAAAAUCUUCAUAUCCUAGAAAAACACAGAUGUGUCAGAGGAUGCGUCAGUUCGUAGCAGAACGGGAAAGAAAAAGUCUACCCUACCUCAAGGUCUGGUUUGUGUAGCGAAUGGUGAUUUAAAAGGUUUCUGAGUUCAUCAUUUGUUACAGAAUGUGUUACUUAGAACAAGAGAAGUUGUGUAAAUUGUUAUCCACAUAAUAAUAUAUGUAAGAAUAAUAGCUGUGGCAGUCUCAGAAGCUCUCUGACAGUUGUGACGGACCAAGGUGUGAGUUCUUACCCUGCGGGGGUGGGUGACUGGCCUCUUGCACCUGAAGUCUUUUAUUAGUACUCACCCAUCAAUGUCUGAGUGACACCUCAUUACCCAGCCACUAAUUACUUGGCAGGCGCUUUAAUGUCCCGUACGAUCUACCGUCUAUAGUCCCCAUCUCCAUGGUUACAAGCUCAUCUUAUUGUUACAGUCAGAGGAGGUGAAAGAGGAUGCUGUUUUACAACAAGGCUCUGAUGUAAUGCAUCCUCAUAGUUUUUUGUCUUAAAGAAUAUGUUGCGAAUACAAAGACCAAAGGUAACUCAUUAUUUUAAUUUUCCUUAUAUGUGAUUGCAUGUCAUAGAAAUACUUCACUUAAUUAUUUUUUGAGUGUAUAUAUAUUUAUAAGACUAUAUGAUUUUUUUGUGUCCAUUUCAAACUAAUGUUUUUUAUAAAAUAAAUAUAUUAAGUUGGAUGACAGGGAAAAUAAAUAUAUAUGGUAAGAUUACAAAAAAUCAUAGUGAGUAAAAAGUAAUUUUGACAGUGUGAUGCAGUAUGAAUAACUAUAUAAGAUCUUUCUGCAAGUUUAGUUCCCUCACUUAUUAUUGCUUUCUGACCUGCACUUUGGUUGAAAGAAACAUGUUGGUAUAUAUAUCAUUUUGGUGAAAACCGGAUGUCAAACUUAUUUUGCUUUGCAAAGAAACAACCUUUUUGUCACAUUAACAUCAAUGUUAUCUUAACGCUGCAUAGGAAGUGAUGUCAGUAUUUGGGAAGGGCUGCGCACAGGAGGAAGCUCAUUUACUCAUCAUGGUGGUGUGAGAGGAAGUGAGUCUGCAUUAUGUCUCGUUAAGGCUACAUAUAAUUGUCUCUAUGUUACAAACUGACAAUGAAUGUUGCAGGGCAGGUUUCAGAAUUUGUAAGGUUGAGUUGAGGAACUGGAAAACAUUUGGUUUAUCCAUUUUACUGGAAAGUGUGUGGUGUCAUUAAAGCUAGCUACGUAACUCUGGCUGAAUGUUGAAAUGUUAAAGUGAUUGUGUGAUUUAGCUUUCACAGCACAGUCUAAACAUGUAACUUUCAAUGCCAAUCUAGAUGCUUUCUUGAUACGUGUUCUUAAAAUAAUUUAUGCAUACAUUUUUUUGUGCCUGAUUUAAGGAAUGAGAGCACUUUAAGAUAUGCUCACUGUGGUCACACAGUAUCCUCUGUUGAUUAUUGUGCAUUAUUACAUUUUUGCCUUGUUCUUUUUGAUCAAAUGUUCUUUUUGUUAGUUUUUUUCUUUGUUUGGUUGUUUUCAUUUCCGAAAUAUUAGAUAGUUUUGGUAAAUGAAGAAAUGAUUUUAUUUAAAAUGUUCAGAGUAUAAAUGCAUUUUCUGUGUAACAUAUUUAAAUUGUGUGUGUGUUUAUUACAAGGACACAUAAAUCUACUGAGCAGAAUGAAUAAUUUAAUUUAAUAUCUAAUCUGAAAAAUGAUGUCGACACCAAAUGAAACUAGGAUCCUGUACCUACACUAUGUUUUGUCGUGAUUAUACACAACAAGUGUAUGCCUAGACAUUUCAUAAAGAUAAUUUAUUUUCACAAGGCCACAGCCUCCACCAUUUUAGCCUUAUUAUUGUCAAACCAAAAUCCCCACAAUCCUCGUAUGUUUACCCCGCCUUAGCAGAUAAGCAUUAUAUACAGCUGCCAUCAUCGUCCCUUUUUGUGACUGUGUUGACAUUAACAUGAUAAAUAACUGGAAUUCUGUUCACCAACAUAUCUCACUGAAGGUUCUUCUGACAAAUCCUUUUUGAUAACAUGUAAGAUAUGUAUGAUAGAAAGAAUACAUUUCUGGGGGAAAUGCAGUAUUCUAAUGCUUUUUAGAUAUGUUGUAUUUAAAAGCAUAUAUUAACUUUGAAUAAAGAUAUAUUUUGUCAACA